GACAGAGCUCAGGCGGCGAGGGAACGGCACUGAGCUCAGACCCCGGCCCUGCCCGGACCCCUGCCUGGACCCCCGCCCGGACCUCCGCCAGCCCUCAGCCAUGGCUCCGCCACCUCUCUCGUGGCUGCUCCGCUUGGCCGCCCUCUGCCAUCUGACCACGCUGCUAGCUGGACAGCACCUCGGUGUGAAGAAAUGCAACGUCACCUGCAGCAAGAUGACCUCGGAGAUCCCUGUGACUUUACUAGUCCACUACCAACGAAAUCAAGAAUCCUGCGGCAAACGUGCCAUCAUCUUGAGGACCAAACAGAACAAAAUCUUCUGUGCUGAUCCAAAGGAGAAAUGGGUCCAGGAAGCCAUGGAACACCUAGAUCGCAAGAAUGCCGUCCCGCUUCGAAAUGGUGGCACGUUCGAGAAGCAAAUUGGCGUGGGUGAGCCCAGGACCACCCUGGCCGCCAGGGGAAUGGACAAGUCUGCGGUCACAGAGCCCAAAGCCACCGGGGAAAGCAGUGGCCAGGAGGCACAGAGGGCCUUGGAGACUUCCCCAGGGCUGCCGACGGGCGUGGCUGAUUCCUGGGGGACCAGGUUCCCCUCCGCCUCAAAGGCUCCAGAUGGAGGGCCUCCAGCUGGGUCCCAGAGAACUGAACCAUCCAACGCCGCUGCCCUCACCACCGAAGGGUCCUGGCAGAGUUCUGCGUACAAACCCGGGUCGGGCCUCUGGGCUGAGGGAAAGGCCUCUGAGGCGCUCCCCACCCAGGCCUCCCCCACCCAGACCCCCUCCACCCAGGCCCCCCCCACCCAGACCCCCUCCACCCAGGCCCCCUCCACCCAGGCCCCCCCCACCCAGGCCCCCUCUACCCAGGCCCCCUCCACCCAGACCCUCCUUACCCAGGCCCCCUCCACCCAGGCCCUCCCUACCCAGGCCCCCUCCACCCAGGCCCUCCCUACCCAGGUCCCCACCAUUUUACACACAGCCUCAGAGGACCAGUCUGUGUGGAACAAGGGACAGAACCCCACGACAGGGGGCUCUCUAGGGCCCACGGAGAUGGGUCCCCUUUCGGCUCACACGGAUGCUUUCAGGGGGUCUGACAGCAUGCCCCCUCUCUCCAUGGUCCCUGACUCCUCUGACAGUGUUUCCAGCAGGGAGCCAGUGGCCUCAGGUAGCUGGAGCCCCAAGGCGGAGGAGGCCUCUGUGGGCCGGCUGGAGGCCCUCACCACUCCUGUCCCCGACCCCCAGGCAGCCACCCGGAGGCAGGCGGUAGGGCUGUUGGCCUUCCUUGGCCUCCUCUUCUGCCUGGGGGUGGCCAUGUUUGCCUAUCAAAGCCUCCAGGGCUGUCCCCGCAAGAUGGCAGGGGACAUGGUGGACGGGCUCCGCUACGUCCCCCGCAGCUGCGGCAGUAACUCCUACGUCCUGGUGCCCGUGUGAGCGGCCCAUCUGCCUGCAUCCAGUUGUUCAACUCAGACAGCUGCCUGGGGUCCCCCAUCCUCACAUCCACCCUCACCCAAGGGCCUGGCCUGAGCUGGGAUGAUCAGAGCAAGGAGGCAGGGUCUUUCGCAAGGACCUGCUCCCAGCUCCCGGGCAUACCCUGGGGGGCCACUCUUGACCUUUGCCGACCUGCCCGGGAGAGGAGUGGUAGCCUCUGCAACUCACCCCGGUGUCCCCAAGUCAGGAACCUUCUGCUGCUGGCUGGUGAGAGGUCCCUUUGACACAGCCCCUGACCCACCGAACAGUUAUUUAUUGAACAAAUGCUUAGCCCCUCUGGUUCCCAUGGUGCCACUGUCAUCCCAUCUCACAAAUGAGCCUCAGGCCAGGCCCCUUCUCUCCUGCCCACCCCCUCAGACCCCAUCGUGUCUCUCCAUCCCGCUGCAGUCGCCAGCACCCCGGCCACCUGCGGUGCUAUCUCCCCUGUCCCCUGUACAGAGCCCACACCCAGCCGGGGACCCGACUUCUCUUGCAUGAGGCUAGUGUGGCAUUUCCUGGGACUGCUCCCAGGAAGGCUCUGCCCUCGGUUAGGCAUUGUGGGAAGGGGAGACCAAGUGAUCUGGUGGCGUUGGUUUGUUUGUCUUCUCCUCAGUCGAUGCUGUGCAGUGGAGGGACAUUGACCUUGAGCGUGAAAGCUGGGGUUCUCGUCCCGGGCCCACCACCACCCCAGCAAGGCAUUCGUACCUCUGGUUUUCCAUCUGUGGAAGGAAAGAGUCAUGGCAAAUGUGUGACAGUAGCCUGCACCCUGACGGGCGUCACUCACUGAUCCAGAGACACCCCACCACCCCUCGACUUCGUCUCAGACCCUGGGUGUAGCCUCACAACAGAACACCUCAGCCGGUCUUCUCCCCGCGGGGAGCCCGGCACGCCGGUGGGCUCUGCGACUUGGAGCGGGUGCAAAAGGGAGAUCUGAUAGCUCAGGUCCUGCUUGGCUGGAGGGAUUCAGCUCUGUGGGCCCCCUGAGUGGGGACUUGGCUGGAAUAUGUGAUGGGCAGGCCCCUGCCUGGCUUUGAGAACAGCCCUCGUGGGAACACCCAGAUGGCACAAGUGAUGUGUGACAGGCUGAGGAGGUGCCUCAGCCUGCGGGCUCCCCGGGAGGCUGAGGCGCUCAGGAAAAGGAAGGGGGGAGGCUGCAGGGGGACAGCCCCUGGCCUGUGUGAGGGACUCGGGCCCCUGCGUUUGCUGUUUCUGCGGCCUGGCGGCCCCUUCCUCCUCUCUCCCUCCCCGACAGCACUGCUGUGCUCCACUCCAAGGUCUUCCCUCCCCCUGCAGCCCACCACAGGCCGGGCCAGGGACUCCGGGACAUUUUCCAUGAGAUCAGAGCCCGCCGCCGCUGAAACCUGAGGUUCCGUGUUUACCUCCGAAAGAGACUCCGUCCUGUGGGGAGGGAAGUUGUGGGUGCAAAAUCGGGGGUUCCCUUUUUGGGUGCUGAGGACUCAGGUGGGCCUCACCCCUCAGGGUCCCCGGGGGCAGCUCCCCACCUCCCUCUGAUUGUCCCCGAGGGUGACCCUUGCCCCCAACCUGGGGAGCCUCCUAUGGGCCAGGCUUCCCCCAGGUGUGGGUGACAUUCUAGGGGGCGGACAGAUGCUCAUCGAAGCAGACACAGCUCUGGUCCCCAGAGAGGGGCCCUCCUGCACUCCCUGCUGUGCAUGACCUGGGAUGUUGGGGCCUGGCUCUAGUCGGGGGCACUCUGAUGGCUCUGAAGGCAGGCAGCAGGUCUAAAUGCACUUUUUUGGGCUCCUCCAGGCGUGGAGAGCCUUCAAGGGGUGGGACACCCGUGACAGGGCUCGCCUGCUUUUGUGAAAAGGCAGCUGGGAGCAGCUAGUCCCCCUUCCACGGACUUGAUUAGUCUCCCCGCCUCCCCCCCGACACGUCAAGCAGGACACGGACAAGCAUAAUUUGGGGAGGACUUUGGAAGGAGUUGGUUGAUCCUUUUGCUUUUCCAACCCUAUCACCAAUGUCUGUGCCAUUUUGUAUUUUAUUAAUAAAAUUGAAAAGUCUUGUGAA